UGUCGCAUUUCCAUUUCUGUUAAUCUACCUGGAAUUUAUAUUUAAAAAAAAAAGAGGAAAGGGGAAAAUAAUAACACGAAGGCUCUCGCUGGAGAUUUAUCGGGUUGCUGGGUGGGUCUCUUCCUCGGCAGUUACCACCAUCGAAUCGAUCUCUUCUUCUUCCUCCUCCUCCUCCAAAAUCAAUAAAUCUUCUCGCGGAGCGCGAAAUCGUCCGAAUCAUAUAGAAACCGUAGAAACGCGUUUUUGUGGAGAGCAGCAGCGGCGAUAGAUGCGGUCGCAGCUAGCGAUUGAGCCAUGAGCGGUAGCGUCGGUCCUUUUCUCCGGCGGAGAAGAACCGAUUCAGAUGGGAUAUAACAAGCUGCAGAUGAGCUGGAUGCCGAGUCUACUCAGUCAGAAGCGUAGGAACGGUCCGCCUCUAGGGUUACGGAACCUCGGCAACACGUGCUACCUCAAUAGCGUCCUCCAAUGCCUCACCUACACUCCUCCUCUCGCUAAUUUCUGCCUCAAUCACAAACACUCCUCUCACUGUGAUUCUUUUGUUGAUGGUGAGAGGAAACGAGACUGUCCCUUCUGCAUAGUUGAGAAACGGAUCGCGAGGUCUCUCAGCGUGGAUCACGCCAUCGAUUCGCCUAACAAGAUUUCGAGCUGUCUCAAGAUUUUCGCCGAGCAUUUUAAGUUUGGGCGUCAAGAGGACGCUCAUGAGUUCUUGCGGUAUGUGAUUGAUGCGUGCCACAACACGUCUCUUCGUCUUAAGAAGCUGAGGACGAAGGGGGGCGGCGGUGAGUGUGUUAAUGGGAGUAAUAGUAGUAGUAGUAGUUGUAGUACUGAGGUGAAGGAGAUCUUCGGCGGCGCUAUGCAGAGCCAGGUGAAGUGUUUGCCCUGCGGUGCGGAGUCUAAUAAAGCGGAUGAGAUUAUGGAUAUCAGUCUUGAGAUUUCGAAUAGUAGCUCGGUGAAGGAGUCGUUGCAGAAGUUCUUUCAGCCUGAGAUUUUGGAUGGGAACAAUAAGUACAAAUGCGAGAGUUGUAAGAAGUUGGUGACGGCGAGGAAGCAAAUGUCAGUACUCCAAGCACCUAAUAUCCUUGUCAUCCAAUUGAAAAGGUUUGAGGGUAUUUUUGGUGGGAAGAUUGAUAAGCACAUUACAUUUGGUGAUAUUCUGUUUCUCUCGACAUUCAUGAGUAAAUCAAGCAAGGAUCCUCAACCAGAAUACAAGCUUUUUGGGAUAAUUGUGCAUUCUGGGUUUUCUCCUGAAUCAGGGCACUAUUAUGCAUAUGUUAAGGAUUCUUUGAACCGAUGGUAUUGCUGCAACGAUUCGUCUGUUACGCACUCCACCUUGCAAGAGGUUUUAUCAGAAAAGGCCUAUAUACUCUUUUUCAGCCGUAUCAACCAAAGACCGGCUUCUGCUAAAAAUCUGGUAACAACAUCAAACGGGACUACAUCUUACGAAGUUAAUGGCUCUGAGACACCAAUGCCCAAGAAGUUUAUUGGUCCCCUUAAUAAUGUCAACAUGCAGCAGUCCUUCCAGAAGGAUACUAAUAACCUGACUUCUUCAAAGCCCCAUAAAUUUACUCGUCCCCUUAAAGAUGCUAACAUGAAACCACGUGAAGAGCAGCCGUUCCACAAGAACAACCGUGCUUCUCCCGAAGUUGGGAAGGCUCCUCUCAAGCCACAUGCAAAGAUCAGUAUAUCGGUCAACCUUGGUGCCAAAAGGGUAUCUCCUACUGUCAACGGCAGACUUUCUUUCGACCAAGAUCAAGACUUAGCUCCAGAGGCAGACAAAGAGAAUAUGGGAUCUGUUUCGGCAAAGAGGGUUUACACUUGUUCGGAGAAAAAGUUUGGUACUGAAAAUGGUGGUAAUGGAGUUAAAGAAAACGGCAGUGCACAAGCUAGUAGUAGUAGUAGUAACGAUAAUGCAGUGGCAUUACAUCCCCAUGAGCGUAGUAACGGCUCCACCAAUGGGGGCGAUAAUCAUCACAGAGAUGGCUUACAUCCAUUAAAGAGUAAUGGCUCAGAAAAUGGGACUGAUCAUCACCAGAAGAUUGAGGAGGAAGGUGUUAGUACAACCCAACCCAAAGCCUUGGAGUCUUCAACAAAUGGAGAUGAGCGCUGCAUUUUUCUUAGAAAAGACAAAUCAUCUCGUGAUCAACUUGAAGCAAUCAAAGAGAGCCUGCAGGACGAGGCGUCAUCAUAUUUGCGGUCAUGCGGAUGGUAUGAUGAAGCACACAACUUGAUGCGUGCCAAGAAGAGAUUGCAUGCAGAGCUAGCAGGAGGAGAUGGUCAAGAUGGUCAAGACUUAAAGAGGAGGUUGAAAAGAGAUGUAAAGACACCUAAGAUUCCAGAUGAGUUGAAAGCAAAUCUGGCCAACUGUCUCCGUCGAAUUGGCAAGAAGAAAUACUCGUGAAUUUGCUUAACCAUUUAAAAGUCUAUUUGGUCCACCUACCGUACGUCUUCCUCAGUCCUCGUUGUCAUAACAUACGCACAACAUUGCUUCACCCAUCCCGUUGGUUGUGAUACAGAGAGAAAUGGAUCGAGAUUUGUCCAGUGAGUGCGAAGUGAAUUUUUGUUACAUUUUUGGAAGAGAGCUAAAAGUAAAUUAACGGAAAAAAAAAACAGAUCUCAUACUGUAUAAUAUUUGAGCCCUUUCUGAAUUUUCCCUCUCUCGAUGAACUGUCACACUUUUCAUAUAUAUUAGUGCACUGGAAACUAAUAUAUAAGAGCGCGUUCUUGGGUUUUACU